GAGGGAGAGAGCGAGCGAGACUGGAGACGCACAGAUCCCCCAAGAUCUCCCAAGGCUACCGUCCCACAGAUUACAGAGCAGAGACCCAAAUAUCGAAACAGAGGAAACGGACAGCGGUUGAACAUGGACGAAGGAAUUCCUCAUUUGCAAGAGAGACAGUUACUGGAUCAUAGAGAUUUUAUAGGACUGGACUAUUCCUCUUUGUAUAUGUGUAAACCCAAAAGAAGCAUGAAACGAGACGACAGUAAGGAUACCUACAAAUUACCGCACAGAUUAAUAGAAAAGAAAAGAAGGGACCGAAUUAAUGAAUGCAUUGCUCAACUGAAAGAUUUACUCCCUGAACAUCUGAAAUUGACAACUCUGGGGCAUCUGGAGAAAGCAGUAGUCUUGGAAUUAACUUUGAAACACUUAAAAGCUUUAACAGCCUUAACAGAGCAGCAGCAUCAGAAGAUAAUUGCUUUACAGAAUGGGGAGCGAUCUCUGAAAUCGCCUAUUCAGUCCGACUUGGAUGCUUUCCACUCGGGAUUUCAAACAUGCGCCAAAGAAGUCUUGCAAUACCUCUCCCGGUUUGAGAGCUGGACGCCCAGGGAGCCGCGAUGUGUCCAGCUGAUCAACCACUUGCACGCCGUGGCCACCCAAUUCUUGCCCACCCCCCAGCUAUUGACUCAACAGGUCCCACUGAGCAAAAACACCGGCGCGCCCGCCACCACCGGUUCUGCGGCAGCCCCCUGCCUGGAACGCGUAGGGCAGAAGCUGGAGCCCCUCGCCCACUGCGUGCCGGUCAUCCAGAGGACUCAGCCCAGCGCCGAGCUCGCUGCCGAGAACGACACGGACACUGACAGCGGCUACGGCGGCGAGGCUGAGGCCCGGCCGGAUCGCGAGAAGGGCAAAGGCGCAGGCACCAGCCGCGUCACCAUCAAGCAGGAGCCCCCUGGGGAGGAUUCUCCGGCGCCCAAGAGGAUGAAGCUGGAUUCUCGUGGCGGCGGCCCAGGAGGCGGUGCAGCGGCGGCGGCAGCCGCGCUCCUGGGGCCCGACCCGGCCGCGGCGGCCGCGCUGCUGAGACCCGACGCCGCCCUGCUCAGCUCGCUCGUGGCGUUCGGCGGAGGCGGGGGCGCGCCCUUCGCGCAGCCCGCCGCCGCCGCCCCCUUCUGCCUGCCUUUCUACUUCCUUUCACCCUCGGCCGCGGCUGCUUACAUGCAACCCUUCCUGGACAAGAGCGGCCUGGAGAAGUACCUGUACCCGGCGGCCACCGCCCCGUUCCCGCUGCUGUACCCCGGCAUCCCCGCCCCGGCGGCUACUGCUGCUGCUGCUGCCGCCGCCGCCGCCGCUGCUGCCGCCUUCCCCUGUCUGUCCUCUGUGCUUUCGCCCCCUCCGGAGAAGGCGGGCUCCGCCGCCGCGACCCUCCUGCCACACGAGGCGCUGCACCCACACGGUCGCACCCACCUGCCCUUCGCCGUCCCCCGCGAGUCGGGGAACCCGGAGAGCUCCGCUCAGGAAGAUCCCUCGCAGCCAGGAAAGGAAAGCCCCUGA